CUGGAAAGAUGCACGCCCAGCUUCAUUUUUUACGCACGUGUAACACGCACGUUCUCGUGCACGAGCACACACUCACGCUGUAGUUCACAUAUAAAGAAGAGAAGCUACAAUUUUCGGGGGCACACGGUUAAAAUGACAAGUACGCGAAGCGCCGCGCUCCAUCCAAGUGGUCGCAGCUGCGCAAACGCACGCGCAGCUGCAGGUCCGAGCGCAUCCCCCGAAACCCCGAAGCUCCUUGCGUUCGUUUUGAUCGUGUCCGUGAAGCUACUCGUCCCGGUCCAGCAAACCGCAGCUCAUCCUCAGUGUCUGGAUUUCGAGCCACCUUUCAAACCCGCGUGGCACCUGGAGUUCUGCGCGCAGUACGAGCAGUUUGGCUGCUGCGACCAGAGGACCGACAACGCGAUAGCGGAGAGAUACUGGGACAUCAUUGAUCAGCUGGAAGCAGCGGGCGUUGAGCUCUGUGCAGACUUGCUGAAGGAAGUCAUGUGUCAGGAGUGCUCGCCCUAUGCCGCCCACCUGUACGACGCCGAGGACCCCUACACGCCGGUCAGGGAGCUCCCCGGCCUCUGCCUCGGCUACUGCUCCCACCUCCACGGCCGCUGUCGCCACGUGGUCAAGUACUUGACCGAGAACCAGCUGCUGCGGGACACAGCCGAGCGGGACGCGGCCACGUUCUGCAGCCUGGUCCAGCUGUCGGACCCCGACUACUGCUACCCGGACGUGCUGAAGAACUCGGACCUCAACAGCAACCUGGGCCGGGUGGCGGAGGACCCCAGGGGCUGCCUCCAGCUGUGCUUGACGGAGGUGGCCAAUAGCCUGAGGAACCCGGUGCUGAUGCUGCACAGCGGCGACGACACGCACCGCAUGUUCAUCGCGGAGCAGCUGGGCUUCGUGUGGGUGUACCUGCCCGACGGCACGCGGCUGGAGCCGCCCUUCCUGGACCUGAGCGGGGAGGUGCUGACCACGCCAUGGCUGGGCGACGAGAGGGGCUUCCUGGGCAUGGCCUUCCACCCCCAGUACCGCCACAACGGCCGCUUCUUCGUCUACUACUCCAUCCAGGUCCACGGGCAGCUGGACAGGAUCCGGAUCAGUGAGAUGAAGGUGUCUGAGCAUGACAUGAACACGGCUGAUCCCCACUCAGAGAGAGUCAUUUUAGAGAUUGAUGAGCCGGCUGCGAACCACAAUGGAGGCCAGCUGCUGUUCGGCCUGGAUGGAUACCUGUAUAUCUUCACUGGAGACGGGGGAAAGGCUGGAGAUCCCUUCGGGAAGUACGGCAACGCCCAAAACAAGACCGCCCUGCUGGGAAAGGCUCUGCGCAUCGACGUGGACGGAGACGCCUCAGACGGGGCGCGGUACCGGAUCCCCCCUGACAACCCGUUCGUGGCCCAGGCGGACGCGCGGCCAGAGGUGUUCGCGUACGGCGUGCGGAACAUGUGGCGCUGCUCCGUGGACCGCGGCGACCCGCUCAGCCGCCACGGCAGGGGCCGCAUCUUCUGCGGCGACGUGGGCCAGAACCGCUACGAGGAGGUGGACAUCAUCGUGAAGGGAGGAAACUACGGCUGGAGGGCCAAGGAGGGCUUCGAGUGCUACGACCUGAAGCUGUGCCAGAACUCGUCCCUGAAUGACAUCCUGCCCAUAUUUGCAUACAGCCAUCAUGUCGGGAAGUCUGUGACGGGGGGAUAUGUGUACCGAGGAUGUGAAUCACCCAAUCUGAACGGCCUGUACGUUUUCGGAGACUUUAUGAGUGGCCGCAUCCUGGCCCUGGAGGAAGACAAGGCCACAGGAGCCUGGAGGGAGAGGAACGUGUGCAUGGGCGACACCAAGACCUGCUCCUUCCCUGGACUCAUCAACCACUACCACAAGUUCAUCAUCUCCUUCGCUGAGGACGAAGCAGGGGAGCUGUACUUCCUCGCCACCUCCUACCCCAGCGCCACGUCUCCCUUUGGGACCGUCUUCAAGUUCAUGGACCCGUCCAGGAGAGCUCCUCCAGGCAAGUGCAAGAAGAAGCCCCUGCCUGUCAAAGUGAGGGGCAAGAAGAUUCCAUUUGUGCCGCGGGAAUUGCCGGUGCUGCACACGGACGCGAAGCCCACGAGACCUCCGCCCAAAAGGAUCACGUUCACCCCCAAAGCGCCGGUGGCGAGCAGUCGGAUCAGAACCACCACGGCCGCCGCCGCCAGGCCCAGGUGGGAGGCGCCGCCCAGCGAGACGAGGAAGGACAAACCUGCGAAGCCGUGGGGCAAAAACAAACAGGAAACCAGCGCGCACACGAAGAAGAACUCAGCGAAGCAGAAGAAGACGACCGGGACUCCGAACGUUAAAAGCAAAGACAAAGUGAAGGCGAAGACGCGUCAGACGGACGCCGACGGCCUGAAGGGGAAGACGGGGGUCACCAAGAGGAAGAGCCCCCCGCGGAAAGGAGCCCAGAGGGAGGUCCAUCGACAGAGAGAGGACCUGAAGGUCAAAGGUCGUCUGAAGGAGAACAAAACCAGGACGAGCGCGAAGACAAACGCGACCGUGUGGAACAGACGCGAGGAGAAGAAGCACCGAGCACUUUAAGAGGAGACGGCGCUGCUGGAGCCCACGGACCCAGAACCUGAGCCUGCUUCAAGGCCGCGCGGAGCAGAACCAUUUAUUCUGGACGCUCGUAAAGUUAAUGACUGCUGCCCGUUUCUAAAACCAUCAGAUCAGUUUGAAGUUGAUAAAAGCAGCGAGGCAGAAACAAACGCUUUCUAAGUAGAACAAAGGCCACUCUAGUAAAACUGUUCUAAUUUUACCAGCCAUGCAAGUGUUAAGAAUAAACAUUGAGACGUG